AUGGCAGACCAGGACGUCAGCAAGCUAGGCAUCGCCUCGGCCGUCUUCAAAGCUGUCGGCUCAGCAUCUGGCCGUCUCGUCACCUCGCCCUUCAAAGGGGACAAUGGCUCCAACACCUACUUCAAAGAUGUCAUGUUCGCCAUGUUCCGCACCCAACUGGGCAACCUCGACCUCGCCCAGGACCGGUACCUGAACGGCACCACAACGCCAAUCUACCUCAAAUUCGCCAAAGACAACAAGUUCAAGCCCGAGAGCAUCACAUUGCCCAGUGGCACCCAGGCGCACUGGUUUGGCAGCAGCACCGCCAAGAAGCUCAUCAUCUACUUCCACGGCGGCGGCUACGUAAUGCCCUGCGGCCCCGGCCACCAAACCUGGCUCAACGACCUCCAAACCUCUCUCGGCCCUGACGUCUCCGCCCUGCUCCUCGCCUACGACCUCGCCCCCGAACACCCCUACCCCACCCAACUCACCCAAGCCGUCGAGCUCCUCCGCCACCUCGUCGAAACCGAAGGCCGCGAUCCCGCCGACAUGAUCCUGGGCGGCGACAGCGCAGGAGGCAAUCUCGCGCUCGGUUUGUUGUCGCAUCUCGUGCACCCGCAUCCGCAGAUCCAGCCGUUGAGGCUCCCAGGCAGGAUUGGCGCGGCGAUGCUGAUUUCUCCCUGGGCGAGUCUCACGCAGACGCAUACGCCGGCGUUUACGGAGAACAGGGAGAGGGAUAUGUUCGAUGCGCGCACGCUUACGCGCUGGUCCACAGCGUUCCUCGGCUCCACAUCCGCGUUUGCCGGGGACUAUUACAGCGAGCCUGUGCUCGCGAGCGCGGAGUGGUGGGCUCCCGUUGCGGAUGUGGUUGGCGAGGUAUUGAUUUGGGCGGGCGAUAAUGAAAUCCUAAAAGACGGCAUUGUCGCGUUUGCGCAGAAGUUCAGCCGCGGGUUUGGCGGGGCUGGCGGCCUGGUGGAUGUUGUUGUUACGCCCAAGGCGGCUCACGAGGAGAUGAUUGUGGAGCGGAUACUGGGGUAUAAGGGCGACUCGGGGACUGGGAGUCAGGGGGUUGUGGAGGGGUGGGUUAAGUCGAAGUUGUGA